AUAUUAACAGCUCUAAAUGAAAAAUUAUAAAUUUUAUUGCGAUUCGGAUUAACCAAUCAGAGUUCAUUCAGAAUCAAAACAGGUUUAGCAGCACUCAAUGGCAAACAAAUUGUUAGCAUUGUGUUUUUCGAGCAUUGUUCUCUUUGCUUUGAGCGUAACAGAUGUCCUAAUGAUGAACGAGAGUUUAUGCCGCAAUAACACGGUUCUGGCUCGAAACUGCUGUCGUCUGCCCGGAAUCAUCAAUCAGUCAAUCGUGGACGAUUGCGACGAUAAGUUUCCUCACCAUGCGCCAGCAAAGCCUGGAGUCAAACGAGCGGAAGGAUCAUGUGUCGUUGAUUGCAUGUACAAAACGAUCGGAGCGUUCCAAAAUGGCACCCUAGAUUUGGAUAUCACCCUUCAGCACAUCUCGCAGACAGUUGGUCAAUAUCCGAAUUUCGAGCCUUUGGUGAAUGAGACAGUGUCCUGGUGUUAUCGAAAUGUUACAGAGAAUCCGGCGCUGCAGAAUAGCGUUGGAUGUAGCUUUAUCCCGCAGGAGAUGAACGAUUGUGUUAAGAAAAUGCUUUUCAUGAGCUGUCCGCCUUCAAACUGGACCACCAAAGUGGAAUGUGACGACCUGAAAGGCAAAAUUGUGGAAGGGUGUUCUUAUUCCAGUUUAUAUUGAAUAUUUGAUAUUUUAAUCUUUUAACCACCAGCA